UCUGGUCCACUGGGUGAUGCUCGGGACGCCUGAGAGGGAGAACCCGCCUGGACACCACCGCUCCCGGGGAUUACUCUGGAUGAGCUCGCUAUAAACAGCUCCGCUUACAUAACCGCUAGUAGCUGGUGCACCCGAAGCUAGCGGGUCUAGUCUCCAGAUAGUUAAACUGCGGGGCUUUUACUUCAUAUUUCCGCUAGAGGUGACAAGUGCGGUCGUCGAGAAUAAGUUUCCGGAGCGGUACCGUUCACCUGCGCUCAGGAUGUCCGUGGUCGGUAUCGAUGUGGGAUUUCAGAACUGUUACAUCGCUGUUGCCAGGAGCGGUGGCAUCGAAACUAUCGUCAACGAGUACAGUGACAGAUGCACGCCAGCUGUGGUGUCUUUGGCCUCCAAGAACCGAAUCAUUGGAAAUGCCGCCAAGAGUCAAAUCAUCACCAACUUCAAAAACACAGUUCAUAGCUUCAAAAAGUUCCACGGCAGAAUGUUUGAUGAUCCUUUGGUCCAAGCAGAGAGACCCAAACUGCCUUACAGCCUGCACAAACUGGCCAAUGGGAACACAGGGGUUAAGGUGCGAUACCUGGAUGAGGACAAGGUGUUCACGGUCGAGCAGAUCGCCGGGAUGCUGCUCACCAAACUGAAGGAGACGUCAGAAGGAGCACUGAAGAAGCCGGUGGUGGACUGUGUCAUCUCUGUUCCGAGUUUCUUCACCGAUGCUGAACGGCGAUCUGUGUUUGACGCCACUCAAAUCGCGGGACUGAACUGCCUUCGCCUCAUAAAUGACACGACGGCAGUGGCUUUGGCGUACGGCAUCUACAAGCAGGAUCUUCCCACUCCAGAAGAGAAGCCUCGGAAUGUGGUCUUUGUGGACAUGGGACACUCGUCCUACCAGGUCUCCAUUGCGUCCUUCAACAAAGGCAAGCUGAAGGUCCUGUCCACGGCGUUCGAUCCGUACCUGGGGGGUCGGAACUUCGAUGAGGCACUGGUGAAUCACUUCUGCGAUGAGUUCAAGGGGAAGUACAAGCUGAACGUGCGGGAGAACCCCCGAGCCCUGCUGCGGCUGCACCAGGAGUGUGAGAAGCUGAAGAAGCUGAUGAGCGCCAACUCCUCGGAGCUUCCGCUUAACAUCGAGUGCUUCAUGAACGACAUCGACGUCUCCAGCAGGAUGAACCGAGGUCACUUUGAAGAAAUGUGCGCUCAGUAUCUGACACGGGUGGAGACGCCGUUGAAGUCCGCUCUGGAAAACGCAAAGCUGAGUCGUGACGACGUCUACGCCGUGGAGGUGGUGGGAGGAGCCACCAGAAUGCCGGCGAUCAAGGAGAGAAUCAGCAAGUUCUUCGGCAAAGACGUGAGCACCACGCUCAAUGCGGACGAAGCUGUAGCAAGAGGCUGCGCGCUACAGUGUGCGAUUUUGUCUCCAGCAUUCAAAGUCCGAGAGUUCUCCAUCACCGAUGCGGUUCCGUUUCCCAUCACCCUGCGCUGGAAGUCUCCGACUGAAGAUGGACUUGGGGAGUGCGAGGUGUUCAGCAAGAAUCACGCUGCGCCGUUUUCCAAAAUCAUCACCUUUCAUAAGAGGGAGCCUUUUGAUCUGGAGGCCUUCUACAGCUGCCCUCAGGAGCUGCCGUACCCCGACCACAGGAUAGGCUGCUUCACUGUACAGAAUGUGGUUCCCCAGCCAGACGGUGACAGCUCCAAGGUCAAGGUCAAAGUGCGUUUCAACGUCCACGGCAUCUUCAGCGUGUCCGGCGCCUCAUUGAUCGAGAAGCAGAAAGGAGAGGGAGAAGACAUGCAGAUGGACGCAGAGCCCACUGUGCAGAACGACACCCGGACAGAGGCGACGACCAAAAUGCAGAUGGAGCAAGAGGGCCAGAGUCACGCAGACCCCAACAAUGAUGAAGACACCCCCGGCAGCAAGGAGGGGGCAGCAGAGGAGAAGCAGGACCCUGCAGCGGCGGGAAACAAGCUGAAAGCCAAAGUGAAGAGCGUGGAACUUCCCAUCUCGGCCAGCAACAUCCGGCAGUUGGACAGCAACGUCCUCAACAACUUUGUGGAGUACGAGCGUCAGAUGAUCCAGCAGGACAAGCUGGUGAAAGAGCUGAACGACGCCAAGAACGCGGUGGAGGAGUACGUGUACGACCUGCGGGACAAACUCUGCGGCAUCUACGAGAAGUUCAUCACGGAGGAGGACAGCAACCGUCUGACACGGCUUCUGGAGGACACAGAGAACUGGCUGUAUGAAGAAGGAGAGGACCAGCCCAAACACGUCUAUGAGGAGAAGCUCAACGCUCUGAAGAGUUUGGGUCAACCCCUGCAGGACAGGCACCGCGAGCACGAGGACCGACCCAGAGCUCUGGACGAGCUCGGCAAGAGGCUGCAGUUCCUCAUGAAGUUCAUCGAGUCUUACAAGCAGAAAGAUGAGCGCGUGCUUCACCUGAGCGUGGAGGAGAUCAACGUCGUGGAGAAGUGCGUGAGCGAGGCGAUGGUCUGGAUGAACAGCGUGAUGAACGCUCAGUGCAAGCUGGCCGUCACUCAAGAUCCCGUGGUCCGAGUAGCAGACAUCUGUGCCAAAAUCCAGGAACUUCAUGAAGUGUGCAACCCCAUCGUCAGCAAACCAAAGCCUGUAGUGGAGGAGGCUCCUGAGGCCACCGAGCAGAACAGUGGAGCCCCCAACGGCCCCAAGCAAGCAGCCGACGUGAAGGGAGACGGCAAGCAGUCCAAGAACAAAGAGAUGGAGGUGGACUGAGGCUGGGGGACACGAGGACGCUCCUCUCUGUCCUCACUCCAGACUUUUACCUCUUGAGAUUCAUCACCUCCUCAUGUUUGGAUGUUCUCUUCUUGAUUCUGACCCACUUCUCUCAAAGAAUGUGUUGAUUCCUGAGUUCACCUGUUAGUGGUCACACGCUCAGUUCAGAGCAGUUAGGCUGGUGUUCGUGUGUAGAGACUCUACAUACUAUUUUAGUAUCUGAAGUAAACAUGUAGCUACAGAACACAUUCCUGCUGCUGCCAUUGUGACGCCGCGCGCGACAGUCCCAACAGAAGGGCCUUGUGGAAUGUCUGCUCCCUGUUCUCGCAGUUUUCCAUACUUCAGUUUAACAUGGCAAUAAUAAACUCCAAACUGGAACUGAAG